AUCAAAUCGAUAGCCGUGAUCCAUCAGCUUAUCAUUUUCAGGCAAAAUGCAAUUCGAUUAACAAAUAACAAUGAACGUUGUCGACAUAAUGCACAUAAUGUACACAUAAUGCCUCUCGAUUGCAAUUAACUAAUCAAUAAUUGAAUAAUUAAUAUUAAUACCCUUUUUCGAAACUGUACGAUUUUUCACAGUUUUCAUACUUGCGAGAAUCUGGUACUUUCGAAUCAUUGUUUUGCCGAUCCAUCAAUGAAGCGAACGAGUACUUGAGAUAAUGUGCAUUCGAUAAGAGAUUUAAACGUGCAAAUUAACGAUAUCGACGCUUAUAUAAGAGAUGAUCGUCGAUACAAGUCGACAAUUCGGUGACACACUUUAUACGCGUCGGUCAUCAAAAUCGAAAUCAAAAAUGCAACUGUCCGCAACGGUGAUGAUUGCGAUCUUGGUCUCUUGCCAUGCUUUUAUGCGCGGCGGAGUCGAAGCGGCGCAACGAAACAUGGAGAUUGAGAAUUAUGAUAAGAAUGGAAUGCUCGUUGGAUUUCUGGAAAAAUUCAAGGAUAUCUUAAAGACCGGAAAUUCGGAAUUUGGCAUUCCCGUUCUCGAUCCUCUUCAGGUGAACCACGUCAACGUCAACUUGAACGAAAAAGAGUUAAUCGAAUUGUCAGUUUCGUUGGAUAACCUUCGUGGGGUCGGUUUGUCCGCCUAUACGGUGAAUCAGGGCGAUUUCAAGCUUGUUGGAUUUCAAGCAAAUAUCAGUCUCACGUGGAGCGAGAUGAAUCUUAUGACCAGAUACAACGUUGCGAAUGGAAAAAUCGUCGACGCUAUAUCCUUCUACGGAGACGGAACUAUCGCGGCUGUCGUUGAGGGUCUCACGGUAGAUGCAGUCGUAAACUUGGACAUAUCCAAGGAGAAAAAAAUAUAUGUUAAAAACCUCGCGUUGCACGUUCAUCUGAAAGAACUUGACUUCAAAAUCACCGGAUUGUACAACGACGCAGAAAUGUCCAAACUCGUGAGCACCAUCGUAUCCGAAAUAACGCCACAACUGAUCGAAGACUAUCAAGACAACCUGAUGGCGUAUGUGACACCGUCAGUUGUCAAAAUGAUGAAUACAUCUUUGAAGGACCUGACGGUUCGGAAACUAUUAGAUAUAAUCAACGGUAAAUCAUGAUUCUUCC